UAUAUUUGGUACGGGCUGAAACGGGCUUUCGGGCUUUCAUAAACUAUAUUUUAAUGCUCCUUUUAAUUUUUCUUUGAACUUCCCCGCCCAGCUUGGAGGAUAAAAGUUAGGGAAACGCCUUUGAAUUGAUGAACUUUUUUUUGAUCUCCAGUUCUCCACUAUUCUGAAUCCUCUGUAAAUUGGAUGAAUGAAUUCCCCAAUUCCUUGCAUACUCAUUCCAUCACAUGAAAUUAUUUGGUGUUUAUCCUGUACUGCUAAAUUCUUGCUUCCUCUCCCCUUACUUUCUCUCUCAAAAAAUCCAGCUCCUUUCCACUUUACCCAGAUGGAACACAAGCACCAGCAACCUCCACAUUACAAACCCAAUUCUCCUUUCAAUGGAACAAUGUUCUUCCAUGUCAGAACUCAAGCAAAUUCAAGCUCAAAUGACACGCAAAGGUCUCAUCUUUCACGUCUUUCCUGUUAGUAGAAUCAUAGCCUUUUGUGCUAUAUCUAAUCAUGGUGACAUGAAUUAUGCCCGUUUGAUUUUUAAUCAAAUUCCUAAUCCAAAUGUUUAUAUCUGGAAUACUAUGAUUAGGGGUUAUUCCAGAGCUAAGAAUCCUGAAUUGGGUCUUUCAAUUUUCCGCAAAAUGGUUAGAGAAGAGGUUGAAAUGGAUGGGAGAAGCUUUGUUUUCGCGCUCAAAGCUUUCGGUCUGUUUUCGGGUUUUCGAGAGGGUAAAUCAAUUCAUUGUCGAAUAUGUAAACUGGGGUUUGAUUCCAGUGUAUUGGUGCAAAAUGGGUUGCUCCAUUUUUACUCAGAUGGUGGGUUUCUGGGUUGUGCACGCAAGGUGUUUGAUGAAUGUCCUGUGAAAGAUGUAGUCACUUGGACUGCAAUGAUUGAUGGUUAUGUGCAGAAAAGUAACCCAGAUGAAGCUUUAAACCUCUUUGAUUUAAUGGUGUGUGGUGAGAUUGUUCCCAAUGAAGUUACUAUGAUCACAGUACUAUCAGCAUGUGCUCUAAAAAGGGAUUUGGAUUUGGGUAGAAGAAUGCAUGGUUAUAUAGAGAAAUUCAAUGUGAAAUGUACUUUAAAUCUGAUAAAUGCGUUGUUAGAUAUGUAUGUUAAAUGUGGUUGUAUGAUGACUGCAACAAGAAUUUUCGAAGAGAUGAAGUUUAAAGACGUGUUUUCAUGGACUAGUAUGGUGAAUGGUUUUGCUAAGCAUGGUGAAUUGGAAAUGGCUCGAAAGUAUUUCGAUGAAAUGCCUGUGAAAAAUGUUGUUGCUUGGAAUGCAAUGAUUUCUGGGUAUUCUCAGAAUAACCAGCCGAAAAAUGCCUUGAAAUUGUUUGAAGAGAUGGUGAAGGAAGGUUUAAUUCCCAUUGAUGAGGCUACUUUGGUGCCUGCCUUUUCUGCUUGUGCUCAAUCAGGUUGCCUAGACUUAGGGCAACAGAUUCACCACCAUUAUGUAGUCAACGCGUUGAUAGUCAAUAGACCUGAUCAAAAGACGGGCCGGGUCGGGUUAAGCUCCAUGCCAAUUCCACGUGACCAAAACCCGCUAUUUCGGGCCAAAAGUGACAGCCUUUUUGGGACGGGUCACGACAUGAAAAUCAACCAUUAUGUCCAUCAGAACCGAACUGAAUUAAGUAUGUCUGCAGGCAACGCGCUGGUAGACACUAGACCUGAUCACAAGACGGGCCUGUACGGGUUCAUGCCGGGUCAGGACAUGAAAACCAACCCUUUAAGUCCAUCCGGGCCAACUUUGUGUGCCCAAAACCCGCUAUUUCGGGCCAAAAGUAGCGGCCUUUUCGUGCCAACUAAAAGUGUAGUUUUAAGUGUGUCUGUAGGAAACGCGUUGAUAGACAUGUACUCCAAAUGUGGCAGAAUCGACAUAGCAGAAGACCUCUUCAAUGAGAUGCCAAACAAAGACUUGGUUACAUAUAACUCCUUAAUUGUUGGGUACUCAGAUCAUGGGAAGGCUAACCUAGCUCUAACCCUCUUCAACAAAAUGACAGAUCAGGGCAUUAAACUUGAUAAUAUUACCUUCAUUGCCAUCCUAUCAGCCUGUAGUCAUGCUGGUUUAGUUUCCAAAGGAAAGGAAAUCUUCACUGAUAUGCAGCAGAAGUUUGGGUUGCAGCCAAAAGCAGAACACUAUGUAUGCAUGAUUGAUUUACUUGGCCGUGUUGGAUUAUUAGAAGAAGCCUAUGACAUGAUAAGAAACAUGCAUAUAGAACCUGAUGAAGCCGCGUGGGGGGCUUUGCUUAACGCGUGUAGAAUCCAUGGAUAUGCUGAUUUUGGUAAAUAUGUUGCUGAAAAGUUAAUUGAUCUGAAUCCGGAUGAUAGUGGGACGUAUGUGGUUCUAGCAAAUUUAUGCGCGAAGGAGAAAAGGUGGGUGGAUGUAAGGAAUGUUAGGAGUAUGAUGAGAGAAAAGGGUGUAAGGAAAACUCGAGGUCAUAGUUUUAUUGAGGUGGAGGGUGAUUUCCAUGAAUUUUCAGCUGCAGAUGAUUCUCAUCCUAAAUCCAAGGAUAUAUACAAAAUGUUGAAGGAUGUGUUUGUUAUGUCUAAUGUGGAAGAAGAUGAAGCAAGGUGUAAGGUUGCGUUCAUAUGACCUUUGCUUACCUAGCUUGUUGUGGGAGCCCCUUUGAAGGCACUGGGAUAACGAUAAUGAAUGAAUAUUUGCACUGUGGAAACAUCCUCUCUGCAAUUGCAGGGGUAAGGUUGCAUACGUUCGACUCCCCUUACCCUGUUUGUCGUAGGAUCCCCUUUGAAAGCACUGGGAUAAUGAUAAUGAAUGAAUAUUUGCAAUGGGCUAGGUUGCGUACGUCUAACUUCCUUAGCCUGUUUGUCGCGGGAGCCCCUUUGAACGCACUGGGAUAACGAUAAUGAAUGAAUAUUUGCAGUGUGGUGCACUAUUUUUUAUGCCUCUUCCAUGAUAGUUGAAGAACAGGGAUUCGCCUUGCAAGAGGGUGGCGAAACGGGUAAAACGCCGAUAAAGAAACAUGGUAGUGAUAAUAAACCAAACGCAACAUCCAUGCAAUGUAAGACAAGCAAAAGAUAAAACCCUGACUUUCACUAAGGCAGAUCGUGUGUCAACUAUUCCUGACCCACGACCCACAAAACCCACCCAUGACCCACCCAACCCGCCUCGUUGGCCAUCACUACUCAAUAGUGCAUUGGAUGAGUAGUGGAAAUACUUGGAACACCACAAAAUAUACUGCUCUUUGCCAACAUCAUGAAGUUGAAAUUUAACAAAUUCCACAUUGAAAUACUUGUAACACCACAAAAUAUUCUUCUCUUUGCAAACAUCAUCAAGUUGAAAUUUAACACAUUCUACAUUGAAAUACUUGUAACACCACAAAGUAUACUUCUCUUUGCAAACAUCAUCAAGUUGAAAUUUAACAAA